UAUAAACCCGGGGCCCUUGAUUGGGGGUCACAGUCAACGGCCUCAGAGUUCCUGGCUAUUCGGACCGCUGCAGACACCUUUCCUGGCUACCCCACUCUGAGCUUCAGACACCAUGAACCCUCCCUCUACAAAGGUCCCCUGGGCCGCCGUGACGCUGCUGCUGCUGCUGGUGCUGCCGCCCGCGCUGCUGUCGCCCGGGGCGGCCGCGCAGCCCCUGCCGGACUGCUGCCGCCAGAAGACGUGCUCCUGCCGCCUCUACGAGCUGCUGCACGGCGCAGGCAACCACGCGGCCGGCAUCCUCACCCUGGGCAAGCGGCGGCCCGGGCCCCCCGGCCUCCAGGGCCGGCUGCAGCGCCUCCUGCAGGCCAGCGGCAACCAUGCGGCCGGCAUCCUGACUAUGGGCCGCCGCGCAGGCGCGGAGCCAGCGCCGCGCCCCUGCCCCGGGCGCCGAUGUCCCGCGGCCGCUGCCGCCCCGUCUGCAGCGCCUGGAGGGCGGUCCGGAGUCUGAGCCCUUGAUCUUGCCCAGUUCUGGCCCUGCCCUCUCCUCCUUGUCCGCCCGGUGUCAGCCCUCAGAAAAAGGGCAAUAAAGACGAGUCUCUUAAUGUGGCCGGUCUCUGUUCUGUGUGGUCGCAUCCCGUCCUGCAGGGGGCGUGAGAGUCCUUCGAACUAUAAAGAGCCCGAGUGCCUAGAAGCCGGGCGCUUGGGCACCUCGGCUCUGGCGUCUUCGAACUCGCAACACAGAGCAAGGAAUCGUGAGAAGAGGCCCCGCGGCAAGGAGAGAACAUGUGCAUGCUUGGAGGGGAGGAUGGGGGACAGACAAGUCUCUCGAUGCUCUACUAAUCAUUCUGUAUCUCGGCCUUUACAGACAGACAGGGAAGGGAAGGAGAGCAAGGAAGUUUGCACAGAGGAGCGCAGUCUGGCUGGGACGGGAUAGG